UAUUAUAUGCCCCUGAUCUCUCUCCUUUGCUUUUGUCUAGUCAUCUUCUCUCUUUUUUACAAUGUCAACCAGAUUCCGGUAGUUUCUCCACCCCCACCCCCCUCCCCACCCCUAUAUACUGAAUAUAUAUAUAUAUAUAUAUGUGUGUGUGUGUGUAUAAGUACAACUCUCAGUUCAUAAAUUCAGUUUCAUGUAAUACAAAAACACAAGUACUACGACUACUCGAGCUUUUCAAGGAGAAGAAGAGAGCAAAGAAAUAUAGUUUUAAUUAUUUACUAGUGGACGGGAAAAAAUAGGUUAUGGCUGAUGAAUAUGAAGCAGGUGUUUGUGGAGGAAACUGGUGGAAUUCAAGUAGAAGUAUAUUUGGUUCAUCACUAUGUGCAUCUUCAGUUCCUUUAGGGAACUCCAAUUUUGCAUGGACAAAUGAUCACUUGUUGGAUAUGAAAUCCACCUGCAGGUCUAAUGAUGAAUCUGGUAAUUCUGAUGAAUCUGUUGUUCUUCAAGAAUUACCCAAACAUGAUUCCACUCUACAAAUCUUGGGUAUUGGCCUUAAUUCUUCAUCAACAUCAGAUAAUUGGAAUCACACCUUGAUGCAUGGAAAUGAUAGAGGUGAAAGCAAUUAUCCUUCAAUACUACAAGAAGACCUAAAUUCAAGCAUGAAUUACCAACAAGAAAGUGGGGUUGAUUGUUCAAGCAAUUCAUUUAAACAAGAUUUCACUUUAGGCAUGAAUCAGCCAAUCACUAGCUCAACUAAUAGUACUGAUGAUCAAUCCACUAAUACUAUGAUUUCUUCAACCUUUCCAAUGAAUAAUUCUCCUUUCUCUAAUUAUCCUUCAGCUUUACUUCAAACUUUAUUUGAUAAUGAUCCUCCUCCUCAACAACAAUUACAACAAUCUUUGUUUGCUACUAAUAACAACCAACCAAUGAAUUUCCCAACAUCAUCCUUAAACUAUAGGCCAGAUUUGAAUGACUUUUCACCUUCUUUGCCUAAAUUCCCUAAUUCCUUGUUGAUACCAAGACAAAGUACACCUUCUGAUCAUUUUCCAAAUUACUCUAUUAAUGCUACAGCCUCCUCUCUCUACAAUACUUCAUCAGCCACAUCCUUAAACAAUAUGCGCGGUAAUCUUUUGCCUUCGAUGCAUCCACAAUUGCUCCAGUCAUCAACAUUUAACCAGAAAACUAGAGUUCCUAACGGUACUUCUAAGUGUAAAGUUGAAGAAUUAAGAGAAUCGAGAGUUGCUAAGAAAAGUGGGAAUAAUGAGGCAGCAUUGAAGAGGGCAAGAAUAGAGACACCAUCACCAUUGCCAACUUUUAAGGUCAGAAAAGAGAAGUUGGGGGACCGGAUUACUGCUCUCCAGCAAUUGGUUUCACCUUUCGGAAAGACUGAUACAGCUUCAGUUCUUCAUGAAGCUAUUGAGUACAUCAAAUUUCUCCAUGAUCAAGUCAAUGUUCUUAGUACUCCUUAUUUGAAAAAUGGAUCAACCUCUCAACACCAACAGAAUGUUGAUACGGUUAAGGAAGAAGAUUUGAGGAGCCGAGGAUUGUGCCUCGUACCGAUAUCGAGUACUUUCCCCGUAGCAACUGAAAGUAGUACAGAUUUUUGGACUCCAAAUUUUGGUGGUACGUUCAGGUAGAGACUUGAAAUGAGUAAGGAGAAGCUGGAGAGGGAAGAAGUGAUUUAAUUUUAGGUAAUUUGUUAAAGAUAAUUGAAGAAAAGGGAAAGUGAGUAUUCAAAGGAAGACAGCCAAUGCUGGGCCAAAUCUACAGGCAGAAUGAUGUGUUGGUAGGCUAAGUACAUGAUUAUAGAGGAACGGAUAAUUAAAUGUAGUGCUGUAAUGACACUAAUUAAUUAAUAAUCUGCAGGGAUUAGGAACAGGAACAGGUGCUAAAUUUAGCUGAGACUACUUUAUUUAACAUUUGUGUUUAUUUUGUUGGUUGGGCUGAAUUUAGCACAUCAUAAGGAACAUUUUGUUCCUGUUUCUAUAUUUAUAUUUAAAAUGUUCGUAUGAGUUAUCAUGA